GCAUUGAUCUUUGAGCAGCCAAAAGCUGAUUUAAUACUUGUUGUUUGGUAUCAAAGUAUAGAAUUGACUGUUAAUGAUUUGAGAUUAAGGAUUAGUUGAUGUUCUCAUUGUUGGAUGUGAAUAGAGCAUAGCUAUCGAUGUUUUUGACAUGUUGAGGUUAUGAGCAUAGCUAGGGUAUAAUGCAACCCAAACGAAUCGGGAUUAUGAAGAUCUCUUAGCUGAUUUCUCCAUAAACACAAUGAAUUUUACUUUCCAGGUGCUAAUUCAAUACAAGAUGCAUCAGAGAUAUUGAGACAAAUUAGGGGGUUUUAAAGGUCUAAUAGUCAGAACAUCCAUCAAUAGUGUCUUGUCCACAAUAAUAAUAAAUUCCACAAAAUUCUUUUGAAAACAAAAUCCAUUUAAAUCUAUCCGAAAAGUACAUGAAAAUGCUAAUCGAUUUCUCCCUUUAGAAAUUUCCAUACACGCCAAUCCAUUGCACUCCAUAGUUCGGACAGUAGUUAAUAUAUCUUUUUUGAAUAAUUCAUAAAGGUAAAAAUGUAGCUCAAGUUCAUAAUAGAGAACAAAAAACAAGCAGCAAUAAUGAUUUAAAUUACGGAACAAAGAACAAAAGAAAAAGUGGAAGAAGCACUAAUUGGAAUCGGAAUGUUAUGAUUUGAAUUACUUUAUGGUUUAAUUAACGAACAGAUUGGCAAUAAAAAAAGAAGAAAUCGCAGCAAAACAGAACCACGUGUUCUUGUCCAUCUGUUUAUUAAAACAAUUCUCAUCUUCCCUCUCUUUCCAGACUGCCGACGAGCAGUAAUCAUAUGAAGAGGAAGUUCCCCCUUCUUAUUACAUAAAACAACAAUGUCAUCGAAACCCUCAACACCAAUUUUACAGAGACGAUAUGCAGACAGUGAGUUUAGUCGCAUUCCCGUCAUCUCUCGCUCUCCGAUACCGUUUCACAGGACAUAUAGCAUGCGCAUGCGUCCUAACUGUUUACUCAAUCAGUUGAACGAAACGACAUUGAAGCAGCACAACAAAGUUUUUUCGAGAGCUGACGAUAAAGAGCAUUUAAAAUUAAAUUUACAAAGAAUUCGACGUGGCAGCUUCUCGAUGGACACAAAAUCAGAUUCUAAUCAUGUUGAUACGGGUGGUACAGAUCAAGUUGAUCGUGCUAUAAACAUUAAACAGAUGAAUAGUGACUUGAGACGUAAUAGCUUCACGAAAAAUGAUCGAGGAAUGACACUAAACCUCAAUGGGUCUGUAAAUCCUUCACGCUCACCACGAACACCACAAACACCGAAAACGCCCAAUGGCACACGUUAUAUAAAGUCUACAAAUAGUCCAAAGACACCGCCUGUAACACCAGAUCGUGUCUGUAUUGAUGAUGAUCUCGAUUCAAUGAGCAGCUACUCGUCAAUGGCUUCAUCAAAUUGUGAACAUCCAUAUUUUGCGAGAAAUGGAACGACAUUUAGUGGACGUAAGAUGAAAUAUGUUGUUCAUUGCUCGAGUUUUGCUGAUAAAUGCGGCGAUGAAUAUUUAACGCCAACACAGCGUGCACAUCGACAUAUUAGAAGACUAAAGGAUCUCUUGGCAAUUGCAAAGGCUGAUUUGGAACAAAAAGAUAGUGAAAUAUUAAAAUUAACGAAAGAAGUUGUCGAAUUGAGACUUUUUAAGGCAUCACUAAGCUCGCCCGAGGAAUGUUCAAAAUCCAGUGACUGUGCGUCCGUCCCGACUGUUCGUGAGAAUACUACGAAUGAAUUGCAAACGCCAGCAUCAGAAAUAGCGUCUCCUAUGGUAGAUAUGGUUGAUGAUGCCUUUAAGUCAAGUCCUCGUCAUGUAAGUCGUACACCAUUGCAUCAUAGCAUUCACCAGGUGCAAUUUAUUGAUAAGUUAUGUAGCUCAGAGAUGCAAAGUUCGUUUGCUGACUCGGGACAUUUUGAAGAUAUAACGACGUCAUCUAUUCAUUCGAAGGAUUCUUAUGCGAAUACACAGGAUCGUGCUGUCGGCAAUGAAGAUGACGAGCCAGUUCAUAUUGACUCGGAACGUCAAAGAUUAGUGCAAAUGUAUGAGGAAAAGAUUGAGGAACUGAUAAAGCAACAUGAUAAUGAAGUUGGUGAGGAAAAGCGCAGCACAAAUAACCGUGUUGAGGCGCUUUUGCAGCGCCUGGAUGAGUGUAAUUUACGUUAUUGUGACUUGAUGCCCGACUACGAGCAAGCAAAAGAACGCAUUCGUGAGUUGGAAAGAGAACUUGAAUUGCUUCAGCAGAAAUUUACGGAACAGGAAGAUAAAUCGAAUAAAAUGUAUUUACACAUGUAUGCAAAGGAUCAAGAGCAAGCUGGACCCAGCACUUCAACGGCUGUCGCAAGAAUCUCUGUGCCUGAACUUUUACACCAAUUGCAGGUCACUCAGGAUGAGUUGGAAAAUUUACGCGAUGAACAUUAUAGUCUAGCGACUGGAAAUGACUCAUUGCUGAGUGCGAAAGAAGCAAUUUCACUUUGGUUGCUUGGCGCGAGAAAGACAAUGUAUAAACGACUUGUUGAUGCUCACGAGACAAAGCCAUCACGUGUCGAUCCAGAAAUUACACUUCAGUUUUUGAAGUCAGCAAUUUACUAUUUCUUGACAGACAAGGAGAAUACACAAGGACAUUUGCAGGCAAUUGAGAGUAUCCUCGGAUUUACAGACAAGGAAAAGGAAUUUAUUGCAAAAGCAAGAAAUUCUUAAAGUGAAUAAUGUAGAAUUAAAUAGAUACAAAAAGAAAAAUAAUAUAGUAGAGUCAAAAUUUAUUAAACUGAAUAAUAAUUUAAAAACAGGAAAUCUCACAGGAUUAUAGAAAUUGAUGGAAGUGAUUUGAUUGGGCAUGAAGAUCAUGGAUGGAUGAAUAUCAAUGUCCUUGAAUAGAAUGAUUUAAAAUAUCAAAUGUUUUAUGAAAUUUAAAGCUAGUAUGUUGUGCCUACUUUAAUGUUUCUGCCAAUUCUGGCCGUGUCGUAAAUUUGUUACAUUUGGUCUGGUUUAGAAUUCAUUCAGUCCAUUGAUAAUAACAAAAUACAAAACUACUUAAAAGCCUCAAAGCUCUCAAUUCAUAAGAAACUUCAGUUUCUUGACAUGAAUAAUUCAAAAAAUAAAUCGUAAUUUAUCCUUAAAGAUUAUCAGAAUCAAUGUCAUCAAUAAUCGAUGAACAAGAUCUUCAUCAAAUCCUUUAAUUCUUCCAUCAAUUAUUGUCAUUUAUGAGAUAAGGGCUC